ACAACACUGUAUACUGUGAUGAUAAACAAUAAUAAUAAUUUAGUUAAUAGGGUAGAAGUAAUUGAUAAAUAAUCAUAAUUCACAUAUUCCAGUAAAAUAACGCAAAAAUGCCAAAAUUAUCUGCAGAAUUAAUAAAAGUUUUCGUCUAUGGAACACUCAAACGUGGUGAACCCAAUCAUCAUUGGUUGACGCGUAACGAAAAUGGUUUUGCACAUUUUGUGGGUGAAGGCACAACUGUGGAGCGUUUACCCCUCGUUAUUGGUACCCGUUACAAUAUACCCUUUUUAUUGGAUAAACGUGGCCUAGGACACAAUAUUAAAGGCGAAAUUUACGAAGUUGAUGAGAAAAUGUUUACAAAUUUAGAUAUUUUAGAAGAUUAUCCCGUAUACUAUGAUCGCGAAAUACAAACUAUAACGUUGAAUAACAAUGAGCAAGUACAAUGUUGGUUGUAUUUGAUUCGCAAAUUUCCCGAAAAACUUUUGCAGAAAGAUUAUUUAACAGCAUAUCACAAUACCAAAGAGCAGCCAUAUAGAGAAAGGUCUGAACGUGAUUUGAAUAUUAAAGCUAGCGAUGAUAUGUCAUAUUAAAAGUAUGAAAGUUAUUGUGCAGCAAUCACCCGAUGACAACAGUUAUUUGGACAGCUGCAAAGAUGACAUGUAUGAAGAUGAAGAAGCUCCGCCAAAACCCUAAACUCCAUGAAAUUGUUAUUCUAGUUGAAUAAGUAAAAUUAAUUGCAAUUCCAUUAAAUCAAUGUUUAUUAAACAUUUUUGUUUACAUUUAAA